AUGGCUGGUCUUGGCGAGGCUCCAUAUGUCCCACAGGAUGUACAAGAAGUUCAGACUCUUAUUCAAAAUCUUGAAGGCAGCACCAAGAAGGAGUCCAAAGCUUCUAGGAAGGCUUUCAGCUGUAAGAAGACUGCUUUCGACAUAGCCAAUUCUCCGGAGAAGAUUACCGUCAAUUCAUGGCGGUUCCAAGACUGGGACUAUAAGCGGGAUGAUCUUCCAACGUAUGCCCGAGGACUAUUUACUUCCAAGAACGAGAAAGGACAACCCGAGAUCUGUAUCCGUGGCUACGAUAAGUUCUUCAACACUGAAGAGGUGAACGCUACCAAAUGGCGAAAUAUCGAAAAUAAUACGAAAGGCCCAUACGAGUUGAGUCUGAAGGAGAAUGGAUGCAUCAUCUUCAUCAGCGGCCUGCAUGACGGCACCUUGCUUGUUUGCAGCAAGCACUCGACUGGACCCCGAGGCGACGAGACGAAGAGCCAUGCGGUUGCGGGAGAGCAUUGGAUCGACAAGCAAUUGGCAGCCGUCGGCAAGUCGCGAGGAGACUUGGCCAGAGAACUGAGACGUAGAAAUGCUACGGCCGUUGCUGAGCUCUGUGACGACGACUUCGAGGAGCAUAUCCUUGCUUACGCCGGAGACAAUGCGGGCCUGUACCUUCAUGGUAUAAAUAUCAACAUCCCUGAGUUUAUGACAUACUCUGGUCCUCAAGUUCAAGCUUUUGCUGAGGAGUGGGGUUUUCGGAAGACCGACUUUCUAGUUCUCGACGAUAUCCAGACAACAAAGACCUUCCUUGAUCAGGUGGCAGAGACUGGUUCAUAUAAUGGCCGCGACGUUGAAGGUUUUGUCAUUCGCUGUAAAUCCCAAGAGAAAGCUUCUGGCCAUCUCGUGGAUUGGUUCUUCAAAUACAAAUUUGAGGAGCCCUAUCUGAUGUAUCGACAAUGGCGUGAAUGCACGAAGGCUUUGAUUGCUGGCAAGCCACCUCGCUUCAAGAAGCAUGUCAAGAUUACUGAGGAAUAUUUACUCUAUGCUAGGCGACAACUCGCUGAGAAUCGAGGCAUGGGCAAAGAAUACGCCGCGAAUCAUGGCAUUAUCAAACUGAGAGAUGACUUCUUGAAGGAGAAAAAUUUGAAGGGUUCUGAUAUUAUCAGAGCAGAGUAUGCCAUCACGGGAGGACCCCAAAAGGAUGCUGCCAAAGACAUCAUCUUGGUUCCCAUUGCGACUCUUGGUUGCGGAAAGACAACACUUGCUGUUGCACUGGUGCAUCUUUUUGGGUGGGGUCACGUUCAAAACGACAACAUCCAAGGCAAAGGCCGUCCUCCUCGAUUUACGAAGGAGGUGUUGACACAAUUGGAGCAGAUGCCCGUUGUUUUUGCAGACCGGAACAACGCCCAGCGAUAUGAGCGUCAGCAGAUUAUUGGUGAUGUCAAGACCCCCCAUCCCGAGAUUCGGCUCGUUGCUCUCAACUUUGUGCACACUCCGGACACAAUUUCCAAGAUUAGGGAAGUCACUCAGAACAGAGUUCUUUCCCGGGGCGACAACCACCAAACGAUUCAGGCAGCUUCGGAUCAAAAUAAGGUUCUCGGAAUCAUGGAAGGCUUUAUCCACCGUUUUGAGGCACUGGAUCCAUAUGCACAACCGGACGACGGAUUCGACGCUGUCAUCGAUCUGGACCCGACAGCCAACUCUAGGCACAAUUUGGAAACCGUUAUUAGCCAACUCAGUGAGCUAUUUCCAAAGCUCAUUAACGACAUGCCUUCCAGCGAGGAUCUCGAUGAUGCGAUUAACGUUGCCCUCAGCGAUUAUAAGCCGGACAUUCGACAUACGAUUGGAGAUCGAGGGCCAAAAAACAAUAAAAAUAACAAGAAGGGCCAACAAUUUAAGGAGCAGCCUCAGAUUGCCAAGAGACCCAAGCCCCUCGAAUAUGUUUCCAUCAAUCUGCCAAAGACACCUAUCCUUGAAGCCCUCGAGACAGCUUUCGCGUCUGUCUCAUCAAACAAAGGCCGAUUCUUCCGACAGCUCCAAGAGACUCGUAGAACCCAGCCCGAGUUCCACGUGACUCUAAUCCAUCGCGCUGCUUCAAAGGCACACCCAGAACUCUGGCAAAGAUAUACCGAUAUGCAUUCUCAGUCUGGAGGCGAUCCAUGGAGCGGUGGAAGCAAGAUGGGGCAGUGCAAGGUCUUGCUAGAGCGAGUUGUAUGGGACAAUCGAAUCAUGGCCAUUGUUGCUAGACUUGUCGAUGAGGAUGAGAACUGGGAGUGUGUGAACCAGGUCGCUCAUGUCACUGUUGGAACCAGGGCCGACGAUGUCAAACCAAAGGAGAGCAACGACUUGCUGAAGCGUUGGAUUGAGGUCGGCAGUGGAGACGAUUCUGGCAUUGGUGAGGUUGCCAUUGAGGGUCGGCUCAUUGUUGAUGGUACCGUCAAAGGUAUCCUCUCUCGAUGA